AUGGCCCUCUCUGCUGCUCAUACGGCGGAUGGCAUCCUGUCGCCCAUUGACCUCAAGGCAAUUCGUCCGUUUUGGAAGAGGAAAAACGGCAUUCUACUCUACUUCCUCCUCACUUCCUCGCUCGUCACGACCGCCGCUCUUGGCAUCGACGGGGAACGGUUCGGACAUCCCACAGGCUCGAAACUGGGCUUCUUUGGCGCUUCCAAUGCCAUUGGCGGAGUGAUUCCCCUGCUCACGUUGAGCUGGAUGGGCGACAAGUUUGGCCGUCGAGUUCCCACCGCCCUUGGGUCCCUGGUCAUCAUUGUGGGCGUCCUUGUCGGGUUUUUCGCGACCUCGCUAAACAUGUACAUUGUGGGCAAAAUGGUUCUUGGUUUCGGAGGUGCUUUGAUUCAAAUGACGGCUGCUGUGCUGGUCACGGAACUCAGCCACCCCAAAGAGCGAGUCCAGGUCACAAGUCUCUACAAUACCUCCAUUGUGCUGGGCUAUGUCGUGGGCGCGUGGGUAACGUAUGGUUGUUUCCGUAUUCCUAGCCAGUGGUCGUGGAGACUGCCUACUCUUAUUCAGAUUGUUCCCUCUGCGUACCAACUCGCACUCAUCUUCUUCUCUCCAGAGUCUCCCCGCUGGCUGGUUGCCCAGGGCAGGAAGGAGGAAGCGAGAAGAAUCUUGGUCAUGUACCACGGCGAAUGCGACCCUGGCUCUCCUGUUGUUGCAUUCGAGUUUGCUGAGAUCCAACAUGUCAUCGCCAGGGAAGCCGAGCAAAACAUCACCUGGAAAGAAUUCUUCUGCUCGAUGCCAAACCUGAAACGAAUCGGCCUCUGCUUUGCCACUGCAGUCUUUAGCCAGAGCUCCGGGAAUCUUCUCGUGUCCAACUACCUCUCCCAGAUCCUGAGAGACACUGGUGUCCGGGCCGACAAGGAGAUUACUCUUGUCCACGGUAUGGUGACUCUGUGGCAAUACAUUGUCGCUCUGGGUGUCACCGCCCUCAUCGACAAGUUCAAGCGGCGUACGUUCUUCCUUGUUGGUUCCGGGGGCGUCGUCGUGACAUUCGUUGCCUGGACCAUCGCCGCGCAACAGUAUCUCGAAAAGGGUUCGCUAGGUGCAGGCCGUGUGGCGCUUGCCUGCAUCUUCAUAUUCCAAGCAUUUUACACUUUUGCAUGGACAAACCUGGUAGUCACUUAUCCCCUCGAGGUUGUCUCGUACCGAAUGCGGGCCAAGACAUGGGCGUUCGUGCUGCUGACUAUUCAAGUUGCGUCAGUUUUUGGGGGCUACGUGAACCCGAUUGGCUUUGGCAACAUUGGCUGGAAAUUCUACAUAUACUACUGUGCUUGGGUGACUAUGAUCUUCGUCACUGUCUACUUCUUCUUUGUUGAGACUGCAGGACCAACACUUGAGGAACUCACUUAUUUGUUCGAAGGCGCCGAGACAAAGAUGAAUAGUAUGCGACAAAGGGAAUAG